GGAGAAACGGUGCGUUUAACAGAGACUGAAGCACACGGAGAAACGGUGCGUUUAACAGAGACUGAAGCACACGGAGAAACAGUGUGUUUAACAGAGACUGAAGCACACGGAGAAACGGUGUGUUUAACAGGAAGUGGUGAUUUAGUAAACAUGAGUGUUGUGCUGCUCUCGUUGGUGAAGCAGCGACUCACUGCGGCUGCUGAAGACAUCUUUGUUCUGUUUGAAAGAACGAUAGCAGAGUACGAGGAGGAACUGUCUCGUUCAAAACAGGAGAACGAGAGACACCGGAAACUACUGGACGCUGUUUUACAGCCUCAGCUUCAGAUCCACAGAGCAGACGUCCAGCAGCUGGUGGUGGUUAAAGAAGAGGUUCCCCCUGAGCAGCAGGAGUGGAGCUCCAGUCUGGACCAGGAGGACCCAGAGCCCCCCCCACACAUUAAAGAGGAACAGGAGGAACUCUGGAUCAGUCAGGAGGGAGAGCAGCUUCAAGGGCUGGAGGAGGCUGAUAUCACCAAGUCCACAUUCACUCCUGUCCCUGUGAAGAGUGAAGAUGAUGAAGAGAAACCUCAGUCCUCUCAGCUUCAUCAAAGACAAACUGAACACCUGGAAACAGAAGCUGAUGGAGAGGACUGUGGAGGACCUGAACCAGCCAGGAACUCAGAUCCAGAGAGACAUUUACAAUCUGAGACUGAGGACAACCCUGGAGACUCUUCUGAACCUGACACUGAAGACUCUUCUGAACCUGACACUGAAGACAGUGCUGAUUGGAUGGAGACCAGAGAACCAAACUCUCAGAAAAAUAAACAAGACCAUGUCAGUGAUUCAAGACGUAGUGCAGGAGAGAAACCAUUCAGCUGCUCAGUCUGUAAGAAAUCAUAUCCAACGAGAGGACCUUUCCAUCGACACAUGAGAAUCCACACAGGAGAAAAACCGUUCGGCUGCUCAGUCUGUAAGAAAUAUUUUGCAUUGAAAGGAGCUUUACAUCGACACAUGAGAAUCCACACAGGAGAGAAACCAUUCAGCUGCUCAGUCUGUAAGAAAUAUUUUGCACAGAGAGGACAUUUAAAGGCCCACAUGAGAAUCCACACAGGAGAGAAACCAUUCAGCUGCUCAGUCUGUGAGAAAGCUUUUGCAUUGAAAGGACCUUUACAACGCCACAUGAGAAACCAUACGGGAGAGAAACCAUACAGCUGCAGUGUUUGUGAAAAAAGAUUCACACAGAGCUAUCAUGUCAUAAUCCAUAAGUGCGUUGGUCGUCAGUCCUCACAGCUUCAUCAAACUCAAACUGAGGAGAACAGAGAGGCAGAGCCUCCAGCCAGCAGCUCAGCUGAACACAUGGGAACGGAAGCUGAUGGAGAGGACUGUGGAGGACCAGAACCAGCCAGGAACUCAGAUCCAGAGAGACAUUUACAACCAGAGACUGAGGACAACCCUGGAGACUCUUCUGAACCUGGGACUAAAUACAGUGAUUAUUGGAAGGAGACCAGAGAACCAGGUUCAAUCUCUCCGAAAAAUAAACAAGACCCUGUCAGUGAUUCAAGACGUAGUACAGGAGAGAAAUCAUUCAGCUGCUCACUCUGUAAUAAAGCUUUUGCACGGAGUGGAAAUUUAAAGGAACACAUUAGAAACCACACAGGAGAUAAACCAUUCAGCUGCUCCAUCUGUAAUAAAGCUUUUACACAGAGUGGAAAUGUAAAGAAACACAUGAGAAUCCACACAGGAGAGAAACCAUUCAGCUGCUCAGUCUGUAAGAAAUAUUUUGCACAGAGAGCAGAUUUAAAGAGACAUGUUAGAAUCCACACAGGAGAGAAACCAUUCAGCUGCUCAGUCUGUGAGAAAUCUUUUGCACAGAGAGCAGAUUUAAAGAGACACAUGAGAAACCACACAGGAGAGAAACCAUUUAGCUGCAGUGUUUGUGACAAAAGCUUCACCUGGAGUCGUUCGGUCAAAAGACAUAAGUGUGUUGGUCGUCAGUCCUCACAGCUUCAUCAAACUCAAACUGAGGAGAACAGAGAGGCAGAGCCUCCAGCCAGCAGCUCAGCUGAACACAUGGAAACAGAAGCUGAUGGAGAGGACUGUGGAGGACCAGAACCAGCCAGGAACUCAGAUCCAGAGAGACAUUUACAACCAGAGACUGAGGACAACCCUGGAGACUCUUGUUGAGGUCUCCAUAUUAGGUUGAAUAAUUUAAAAAAAGUUAAUCAUCAUCAAAUAUAAUCCUGUAUAACCCACCAUGAAAAUGCAUUAUAUUUCAUGUUGUUCUAUAAUCACAGUAUAUACAAAACACUUGUGUUUUGUUAAGUUGAGUUUUAAGCCUAUUAUAGUUUAUGGGUGUCACUGUUUAGCAGAGGGGAGACAGUUGUCUUCACUCACAGCUGGUCGUGCACAGGAGGGGGCCCCUGGCUCAAGGGAAAAGUACUGGAGCCCCAAAAUGUGUUUUAGCAUAGGAAAAUAUGUCUGGACACGUCCAGCCCUGCACACUAGAGGCCAUACCCUUUUUUCACAAAUAUGGGUAUGAAGGUGUGUCUUUGUUUUUUUGUGUCCCUGUGUGUGACAACCCUGUGGUUGUCCACCAUGUGGUGCUGUUGUAACCUGGGUUUUCCUUGUAAUCAGCAGUGAUGAGACCCACCUGUGGCACCUGGUUCCAGUAUUUAAGAGGGCUGCAGAAUAGGCUCUCGCUCUCUCUCGGCUGCCCUGCUCGGUGCACCAGGCCACCGCUCCUCUGUGUGUUUUAUUGUUGGUUGUAACCACUGCGUUGGGUUGAAUAAAUAAUUGUUUUGGGCAACUCCUUUUGUUACAAGCAGAGCCAGCUUGUAACACUGUGUGAGCAUAAAAACACCAGCUCAGAGAGUGAAAGCGAGGGAGCGGGGGUUUUUCCCCUCUCUCCCUGGUAAGCUCUCUCCUUGGUAGGUUCUCUCAAACUUGGUAAGGUCACAACUGUAGAGGGCAGUUGAAGUUAGCUUUUAAUAUCAUAACGGAAGUGGGCCAGUUGAAGUUAUCUUUUAAUGUCACAACUGAAGAGGGCAGUUGAAGUUAUCUUUUAAUGUCACAACUGA